UAAUUGAUUGGGAGAGACGUUCGCAGGAAAACAGAUAAUCGAGGGGAGGGGCAUGCAUAUUUGGGUAUGUCCCUGUACGCGUUCACCCAGCAGACCAGAUGGGUACAGGACGGAAGGCAAAUGGCAGCCUUAAGAUGAUGUUUAAUUGUCUGACUUUAACAAAUGUAAAGGUCACGUAAAAACGCCACCAAACGAUUCACUUCGUAAAUGUGGAAGUUGGACUUCAAGCCAUUAAUCCCUUCAUCUCAUACGCUCUUUUAAAAACUCACAUCUGAUUGUAUGGAAGGACGAUUUGGGCUUCUUCUCAAAGCUCUCUCCAAGCUUCAACACAUGCUCCUCUUUAUCCAAAAGCGGAUUUGUAGUUCCGUUCAUUGCUUCUAUUAUAUGGUCAAAAUUGACAUUGGUUUAAAAUCACUGAACAUGUACAGAAUUUGUUUAUGCAAAGUGAACCCAGCAGAGGCGCCCUGGUAAGCCCAAUGACGAACUGCGGCGAGCAUCUGUUUCCUGUUUGGUUCCUGCUACGAAAUACUUCCGACAGUGUGCGAAAACAUCGUUUUAAGAUGAUAUUUAUUACCUUUAUUAAACAUUAGAUUAAUAAUCCAUGAUUACACAUUUUUAAAUAUAACAACACAUAUUACAUUACACAUCCGAAACAUAGAUUAUUUUUUAGAGAUAGAUGAACUAGACGGAUUGUGAGAAACCCGACGCGGAAGAAUAUAUGGGACGGACACGGUGGGCUCAUGUUGUAUACACUGCUUUUGGUGCUGAGUCUGACCACUGAUUGAUACAGUGUCAGGCGUUAAAAAAACGAACUAUCCAACAUGGAAUCGGAAAUAAAGUGUUUUACAAGCGAUCAUGUAUCCACUGAAGAACAGUCUAUUUGCGAUAAACCCCAGGAUGAGAUCAACAGCAACUUAGACAUGUCCCUGAGCCAAGCAGAGUCGCAUAAGCUCCCCAUUGACAAGACUCUGGUCUCAGAAUUCAAGCAGAUGAAAUUAGAAAAGGAAGCACAGAAAAACUGGGACUUAUUCUAUAAAAGAAACACUACUAAUUUCUUCAAGGACAGACAUUGGACUACGCGGGAGUUUGAAGAACUGAAGUCGUGCAGACAGUUUGAGUCUCAAAGGCUGGUGCUGUUGGAGGCUGGUUGUGGCGUAGGAAACUGCAUUUUUCCUCUGCUGGAAGAGGAUCGCAACAUCUUUAUAUACGCCUGUGACUUCUCACAGAGAGCUGUGGACUUUGUCAAGCAACACCCCCUGUACUGCCCCGAGCGCUGCAAGGCCUUCCGGUGUGACCUCACCCAAGAUGACCUACGGGGCGAAGUGCCGCCAGCCAGUGUGGAUGUGGUCACCCUCAUCUUCGUCCUUUCGGCCAUCCACCCCGAAAAGAUGGUGCGGUCCCUGGAGAACAUUUUCCGGGUGUUGAAGCCAGGAGGCUGUGUGUUGUUCAGGGACUACGGACUCAACGACCACGCCAUGCAGAGGUUCAAAGCCGCCAACAAGCUGGGGCAGAACUUCUAUGUCCGGCAAGACGGCACCAGGUCCUUCUUCUUCUCCAAAGAGCUCCUUGCUGAACUGUUUGAAGGGAGGGGCUUCCGCUCUGUGGCCAAUGACUACGUCUUCAGAGAGACCGUGAACAAGAAGGAAGGCCUCUGUGUGCAGAGGGUGUUCCUACAGAGUAAAUUUACCAAGACACACCAAACAGAGACUUCGCCCUGAAGAACCAAACCCAACCCUGUUCACACAAGGAUUAUGUUUUUCACCAUUAGCUAAUAGGUUGAGAAUCUAUGAUGGAUGGAUGCCUUCCCUCACCAACUGAAAACUGUUAAACGGCCAAUACCAUGUUGCAAAGGAUCUAUGAUUCCACUCUGACUUGAGGAUGACUAUCUGAUUCUACACACGUUUUAUAUGUUUAACGAUUUUUUUAAUUAAAGGAAAAAAACAACAAUACCAGUGUUUUUCUUU